CUAAAACCCUACUCCAUUGUUACUCCCAGUUCAAUUUUCCAGUUGCUCAGUGCUCUAGAAUUUACAAAUAGUUCCAUUUAGGGCUUGGAUUAACACCUACAACAGCUAAGCUCAGUUCAAGCCCUAGCGAUUUUUUUGAGCGAAUAUGUCAGGGGACAAUGAGAUUGUAAUGCGUGAUGUUACUAAUGCUGGACUUGUAGUUAGUGACCGCAUUGGCCGUGAUGUAGCUUCUCAAAUCGAUCUGGAAGAUGCAUUGGAAGCUUCUAGAUAUGCCAGUCAUCCUUAUACUGCUCAACCCCGUGAGUGGCCUCCUUUAGUGGAAGUCGUGGACUCUUGGGAGUUGCCUUCUGUAUUGAUUGAGAGAUAUAAUGCAUCCAGUGGAGAAGGAACUGCAUUAUGUGGAGUAUUUCCUGAAAUUCGCAGAGCUUGGGCAUCAGUGGACAACACAUUGUUUCUUUGGCGGUUCGAUAAGUGGGAUGGUCACUGUCCUGAAUAUAGUGGAGAUGAACAAGCUAUAUGCGUUGUUGGCCUAGCCAAAGUCAAACCUGGAAUUUUCGUGGAGGCCAUCCAGUAUCUUCUGAUCUUGGCAACUCCUGCUGAGUUGAUCCUUGUAGGUGUAUGUUGUUCUGCAAGCAGUGACGGAACUGAUCCAUAUGCUGAGGUGUCACUUCAGCCAUUACCAGAUUAUACAAUUCCAUCUGAUGGAGUGACCAUGACAUGUAUCAGUUCCACAGACAGAGGUCACAUUUUCCUUGCAGGCCGUGAUGGCCACAUUUAUGAAUUGCAGUACUCAACUGGUUCGGGGUGGCAGAAGCGAUGCCGCAAGCUCUGUCUAACUGCAGGUCUUGGAAGUGUCAUAUCAAGGUGGGUGGUGCCAAAUGUUUUCAAGUUUGGAGCCGUAGACCCCAUUGUUGAAAUGGUCAUUGAUAAUGAGAGACACAUCUUAUAUGCACGUACCGAAGAGAUGAAAAUUCUAAUGUUUUCUCUUGGAGAAAAUGGGGAUGGGCCCCUUAAAAAAGUAGCAGAAGAAAGAAAUUUGAUAAAUCAGAGGGAUUCUUAUGGUGGUAGGCAACCAGCUGGUUCAAGGGCUCCUAGAUCAGCCAAAACAACCAUUGUUUCCAUCUCACCGUUAUCCGUCUUAGAAUCAAAAUGGCUACACCUUGUUGCUGUGCUAUCAGAUGGCAGAAGGAUGUAUCUUUCCACGUCUUCUUCUGGAGGAAACAAUAGUACUGCUGGAAGUUUCGGUGGUCUUAACCAUCAAAAGCCAAACUGCUUAAAAGUUGUAACAACUAGGCCAGCUCCUCCUCUAGGGGCAGGUAGUGGGCUUCCAUUUGGAGCUGUAUCUCUUGCUAGUAGAUCACAGAGUGAAGAUCUGUCACUGAAGAUAGAAUCAGCCUAUUAUUCUGCUGGGACUCUUGUCCUUUCUGAUUCAUCUCCAUCAACUGUUUCUUCUCUUCUUAUUGUAAAUCGGGAUUCAAGUUCUCAAUCUUCUUCAAGUAGCUUGGGAGCAGGUGCUAGGAGUUCCCGCCCACUCCGUGAAUUGGUGUCAUCCCUGCCCAUUGAAGGAAGGAUGCUUUUCGUGGCAGAUAUUCUACCCCUACCAGAUACAGCAGCCGCGGUGCAGUCACUUUAUUUACAGCUGGAGUUCGGCUAUGAUAACUCAGGGGAAUCCUGUGAAAGAACUUCGGGUAAACUUUGGGCUAGAGGUGAUCUUUCAACCCAACAUAUAUUACCAAGAAGGAGAAUCGUCAUAUUCAGCACUAUGGGUAUGAUGGAAGUAGUUUUUAACAGACCAGUCGAUGUACUCAGGAGACUAUUGGAAUCCAAUUCACCUAGGUCAUUAUUAGAGGAUUUCUUCAGUCGUUUUGGAUCUGGAGAGUCUGCUGCCAUGUGUUUAAUGCUUGCUGCGAGGAUAAUCUAUACCGAGACCUUAGUAAGUAAUGUUGCUGCUGAGAGGGCAGCUGAAGCAUAUGAGGAUCCAAGACUUGUUGGAGUACCACAGCUAGAAGGUAGUGGUGCAUUUUCAAAUACUAGAGCUCCAGCUGGAGGAUUUAGCAUGGGCCAGGUUGUGCAGGAAGCUGAGCCUGUUUUCUCCGGUGCUCAUGAAGGUCUUUGCUUAUGCUCAUCAAGGUUACUUCUACCUUUGUGGGAGCUUCCUGUUUUCAUCACGAAAGGAAGCAUAACUUCUUCAGACACAUUUGACAAUGUAGUAAUUGUCUGCCGACUUCCUGGUGAGACGAUGCAAAUCCUGGAAGACAAGAUGCGUUCUUUAGAGAAGUUCCUGAGAUCUAGGAGGAAUCAGAGAAGGGGACUUUAUGGUUGUGUUGCUGGCCUAGGUGACUUGACAGGCUCAAUUUUGAUUGGAACUGGCUCGGAUAUGGGGGCUGGUGACAGAAGUAUGGUAAGAAAUCUAUUUGGAUCUUAUGCUCGCAAUGUUGAGUCCAAUGAAGGUGGAUCUUCAAACAAAAGGCAACGACUUCCUUAUAGUUCUGCAGAGCUUGCUGCCAUGGAGGUUAGAGCAAUGGAGUGUAUCAGGCAAUUGCUCCUUAGAUGUGGCGAAGCCCUAUUUUUGCUGCAACUUCUUACACAACAUCAUGUGACACGGUUGAUUCAGAAUUUUGAAGCUAAUAUCAAGCAGGCCCUAGUUCAGUUGACAUUCCAUCAACUAGUUUGUUCAGAAGAGGGAGAUAGACUUGCUACGAGACUUGUAUCUGCCCUCAUGGAGCAUUACACUGGUCCGGAUGGCAGGGGAACUGUUGACGACAUAAGUGGUAGACUACGAGAGGGUUGCCCAAGUUAUUACAAAGAAUCUGAUUACAAGUUCUACUUAGCAGUUGAAUCUCUUGAUAGAGCUGCUUCUACAUUAGAUGCAGAGGAGAGAGAAAACCUUGCGAGAGAGGCAUUCAACUACCUAAGCAAAGUUCCAGAGUCUGCAGAUCUGCGGACUGUAUGUAAACGUUUUGAAGAUCUGAGAUUUUAUGAAGCUGUGGUCCUAUUACCUCUGCAAAAGGCACAAGCUCUUGACCCUGCUGGCGAUGCUUUUAAUGAGCAAAUAGAUGCUGGAAUUCGAGAUCUUGCACUUGCUCAACGUGAGCAGUGCUAUGAGAUUAUUUUCAGCGCCUUGCAUUCUUUAAAAGGUGAAGCUUCAAAGAGGGAAUUUGGAUCUCCUAUCAGACCUAUUGCUCAAUCUACUCUUGAUCAAACUUCUCGGAAAAAGUUUAUACGCCAGAUUGUCCAACUUGGUGUGCAAUCUUCAGACAGAAUUUUUCAUCUGAAGCUGUAUCAAACCUUAAUUGAUUUGGGCCUGGAAGAUGAACUACUGGAAUAUGGUGGCCCCGAUUUGGUACCUUUUCUGCAAAAUUCUGGUCGUGAACCUACAAAUGAGGUUCAUGUUGUCUCUGCAGUGGCAUCACCAACUUCACCAUUGGCUCAUGCUAGAUUACCUGCACCAUCCAACCAAGCAAAAUAUUUUGAGCUUUUGGCUCGCUAUUAUGUUUUGAAGAGACAGCACGUUCUUGCAGCCCAUGUUUUGGUGAGGCUGGCAGAAAGGCGCUCCACUGAUGCAGGGGAUGCUCCUACUUUAGAACAAAGGCGGCAAUACUUGAGUAAUGCUGUUUUGCAAGCAAAGAGUGCCCAUGAUAGCGAUGGUAUGAGUGGUUCUGCCCGGGGUGCUCUUGACAAUGGGCUGCUUGAUUUGCUCGAAGGAAAGCUUGCUGUUCUUCAGUUUCAAAUUAAAAUUAAAGAUGAACUGGAGGCUAUGUCUUCCAGGUUAGAGUCAUCUACAAGCACAUCUGAAUCUGGUUCUGGUGAAACAUCACCCAAUAUGAGUAAUAUUCUUCGAGAAAAAGCCAAGGAGUUAUCGAUGGAAUUGAAGAGCAUUACACAGUUGUAUAAUGACUAUGCUGUUCCUUUUGAGAUAUGGGAGAUAUGUCUGGAGAUGUUGUACUUUGCUAGCUACUCUGGUGAUGCUGAUAGCAGCAUACUGCGAGAGACAUGGGCUAGGCUCAUUGAUCAAGCUCUUACGAGGGGUGGGAUUGCUGAAGCUUGUGCUGUACUGAAGAGGGUUGGUACCCAUAUGUAUCCUGGAGAUGGAGCUGUUUUACCAUUUGAUACUCUCUGUCUUCACCUUGAGAAGGCUGCACUGGAGCAAGUGGUUUCUGGUGCUGAAUCUGUUGGAGAUGAAGAUAUUCCUAGGGCUCUUUUAGCUGCUUGCAAGGGUGCAGUAGAGCCUGUAUUAAAUACUUAUGACCAGCUGUUAUCCAGUGGGGCAGUGUUGCCAACUCCGAAUCUUAGAUUGCGUCUCCUGCGUUCCGUACUGGCUUUACUUCGUGAAUGGGCACUUUCUGUCUUCGCACAGGGAAUGGGUACAAGUGUUACUGGAGCCUCUCUGAUUCUCGGUGGAACUUUAUCAUUAGGACAGACUGCAGUUGUUAAUCAAGGUGUUCGCGAUAAAAUAACAAGUGCAGCAAAUCGAUACAUGACAGAAGUGCGAAGAUUACCUCUUCCACAAAAUCAGACUGAAGCUGUCUUUCGAGGUUUUCGUGAACUUGAAGAAUCAUUGUUAAGUCCAUUCCCUUUUGAACGGUUUUGAUUUUUGUAAUAUCAUAUGCUUGUACAAUAUCCUGCCUUUUCUUUGUCCUUCACUGCAUAUUUGAUUUGAACAAUAUCAUUUUUUUCUCAAGAACUGUAUUUUAUUAGUUCUGAUUUCAGCAUUGCCCUGAUACUGCUUCCUGUGACAUGUGAUAAUACAUCAAUGACGGAAUUGCCUUAGAAUUGGAAAAUGGUAUUUUAUCGA